AUGGCACAAUGCCAUCUUUUAUCCAAAUUUUUAACUGAAAAUCAACGUGGUAAUUAUGAAACUGGUAUUGAAGCUCUAUCGAAAUACAUUGAUUCAUUUUCAAAUAAAGCUGAAGAAGAAUAUAAGGCAGCGAUUCGGCUUCGAAUUGAAACAAAUCUGAAAGUUGGAAAGAUUGAUGAAGUCAAACGCGAUAUCAUGUUGUUAAAUUCAAUACCUGCGGAUCAAAAAGAUAAACAAAUUCUCCUCGAAAUGAUUCGAAUGUCAUUGUAA